CAAGAGUCGCGCAUCUCUCAACUGCGCGAGAUACCUCAUGGAUUUGCCAUUCAGCGUGUCCAUAUAGCGGCCUCUCCCGUGUAAACGCAGCGGUAUACGCAGGUUGCAACCUGGUAGGCACAGAGUUGGUAUAGGCACAGAUGGUGGAUAGAUGUCCCACUCAGGCCGUUUACGAUUGAAAAAAAAAGGUAUACUAAACGGGGUGGCUCUACCAUAGGCACCAAUGCAUUAGCAACUGGGUCUGACCUGCUUUCAUUGAUUGUAUAUGAACCAGAAAAAUUAAGGAGUUGGAUGUCUCGCUUCCUCUUCCGUCUCUGGGCUCAGUGCAGCCUGGCAUCGUCAGCGACCUUUCUCUUAUCGAUUGGUUAGUUCUUGUGGAAUGGGCAGGCGUAUAAAUUAAACAGUUUCAAGUAGUUGGCAGAGACUUUGGGAGGAAGCACACAAGUGUCUGAGGGAUUCAGUUGAAAUCGGCCGCUUGAAGGAUUUCUUUAUUUUUUACGUUAUCGUUUUAGUGAGUUAAAAAUGCAAAGCUGUGCAAAGUCGUGGGGGAUCCUAUUCGCCAAGUCUGUGAAUCCCCAUGCACCUUGCAGACACAUGUGUGGUAUAAACCGUAUCUUUGGGAAACUACAGAAUAGAAUCCAAACCCGUAAUGCGUUUGUAACCGUCCGGGGUCUACGGACGUCUGCAGUCUAUGCUGCUUCCAGACAGAUAGACAGAAUACUGCCGAGACACGAUGAUUUUGCAGAGAGGCACAUUGGUCCAGGUGAAAGGGAGAAAAGGGAGAUGCUGGAUGUUCUUGGACUUGAGUCGAUCGCCCAGUUGAUAGAAGAUACAGUUCCAGAAUCCAUCCGUAUUCAAAGAAGUAUGAAAAUGGAUGAUCCUCUUUGCGAGAAUGAAGUCUUAGAGCAUCUCCAAAAGAUUGCAUCAAAGAACAAGGUGUGGAGGUCUUAUAUCGGAAUGGGCUACUACAACUGCUCAGUGCCUCCAGUUAUACAGAGAAACCUUCUAGAGAAUUCAGGAUGGGUGACGCAGUACACCCCCUAUCAGCCCGAGGUGGCUCAGGGUCGCCUGGAGAGUCUGCUCAACUACCAGACCAUGAUCUGUGACAUCACAGGCAUGGCUGUAGCCAACGCCUCUCUGCUGGAUGAGGCAACAGCUGCCGCCGAGGCCAUGCAGCUCUGCCAUAGACAGAACAAGAGAAGGACAUUCUACAUCGACCCACGUUGCCACCCUCAGACGAUCGCUGUAGUGCAGACCAGAGCCAACUACAUCGGGGUGAAGACGGUGCUAAAGCUGCCUCAUGAGAUGGACUUCAGUGGGAAGGAUGUGAGCGGGGUGCUGUUCCAGUACCCAGACACCGACGGCAGAGUGGAGGACUUCACCGCGCUGGUGGACCGUGCUCACAAGGGAGGGGCUCUGGCUUGCUGUGCCACUGACCUGCUGGCCCUGUGUGUGCUGCGCCCCCCUGGAGAGUUUGGGGUGGACAUCGCCCUGGGCAGCUCCCAGAGGUUCGGGGUACCGCUUUGCUACGGUGGUCCUCACGCUGCCUUCUUCUCUGUCAAAGAAAACCUGGUCAGGAUGAUGCCUGGCAGGAUGGUGGGAGUGACAAGGGAUGCAGCUGGUAAGGAGGUGUACCGCCUGGCCCUGCAGACCAGAGAGCAGCACAUCCGCAGAGACAAGGCCACAAGCAACAUCUGCACUGCACAGGCUCUGCUGGCCAACAUGGCAGCCAUGUUUGGAGUGUAUCAUGGACCCCAGGGCUUAAAGCACAUUGCUGAGAGGACACACAAUGCUGCACUGAUCCUCGCUGAGGGUCUGAAGCGGGCCGGACACAGGCUCCACAGCGAGAUGUUCUUUGACACACUGAAGGUUAGCUGCAGUGUGGCAGCCAAGGACAUCCUGGAGAGGGCUGUCCAGAGAGAGCUCAACCUGCGUGUUUACGGCGAGGGAGUGUUAGGUGUGUCUCUGGAUGAGACGGUGACAGAGAGGUACUUGGACGAUCUGCUCUGGGUCUUUGGAUGUGAAUCCUCAGCGGAGCUCAUUGCUGAAAAGAUGGGUGAAAGGGUGAAAGGCAUUAUGGGUAGUCCUUUCAAGAGGACCAGCAAGUACCUCACCCACACAAUCUUCAACAGUUACCACUCCGAGACCAACAUUGUGCGCUAUAUGAAACGCCUGGAGAACAAGGACAUCUCUCUGGUUCACAGCAUGAUCCCACUGGGUUCCUGCACAAUGAAGCUGAACAGUUCUUCAGAGCUCAUGCCCAUCACCUGGAAUGAGUUUGCCAACCUCCACCCCUUCUGUCCCCUGGACCAGGCUGAGGGUUAUCAGCAGCUCUUCAGGCAGCUGGAGAAGGACCUCUGUGAGGUGACUGGCUAUGACAAGAUCUCCUUCCAACCCAACAGUGGUGCUCAGGGAGAAUAUGCUGGCCUCGCUGCCAUCAAAGCCUACCUGAACUCUAAAGGAGAUGCCCAUAGAACAGUUUGUCUGAUCCCCAAGUCGGCCCAUGGCACCAACCCGGCCAGUGCCCAGAUGGCUGGCAUGAAGGUGCAGGUGGUGGAGGUGGACAAGGAUGGCAACAUUGACAUGGCAAACCUCAAGGCACUGGUGGACAAACACAAGGCUAACCUGGCAGCCAUGAUGAUAACGUACCCCUCCACCUUUGGUGUGUUUGAGGAGAGCAUCGGUGAUGUGUGCAAUCUCAUCCACCAGAACGGAGGACAGGUCUACCUGGACGGCGCUAAUAUGAACGCACAGGUGGGCUUGUGUCGUCCUGGUGACUACGGAUCUGACGUGUCUCACUUGAACCUCCACAAGACCUUCUGUAUCCCCCACGGGGGCGGAGGACCAGGGAUGGGACCUAUCGGAGUGAAGGAGCACCUUGCCCCGUUCCUGCCCUGCCACCCAGUGGUCAGCAUGUCAGCAGGCAACAUGUCCAGCUCCCUGGGCACCAUCAGUGCUGCCCCAUGGGGCUCCAGUGCCAUUCUGCCCAUCUCUUGGGCUUACAUCAAGAUGAUGGGAGCCAAGGGGCUUGUUCAUGCCACAGAGGUGGCUAUCCUUAAUGCCAACUACAUGGCCAAGAGAUUAGAGAGCCACUACAAGAUCCUCUUCAAAGGCAGGAAAGGUUUUUGUGCCCAUGAAUUUAUUUUGGAUGUGAGGCCAUUCAAGAAGAGCGCCAACAUUGAAGCGGUGGAUGUGGCUAAAAGGCUCCAGGAUUAUGGUUUCCAUGCCCCCACUAUGUCGUGGCCCGUGGCAGGAACCCUGAUGAUCGAGCCCACGGAGUCAGAGGACAAGGCAGAGAUGGACCGCUUCUGUGAUGCGUUGAUGGGAAUCAGACAGGAAAUAGCCGACAUUGAGGAAGGCAGGAUGGAUGCCCGCGUUAACCCACUGAAGAUGGCCCCUCACUCCCUGGCGAGCAUCACCUCCUCCACCUGGGACAGGCCCUACUCCAGGGAGUACGCUGCUUUCCCCCUGCCAUUUGUGAGGCCCGAGACCAAGUUUUGGCCAUCCAUCUCCAGGAUCGACGACAUAUACGGUGACCAGCACCUGGUCUGCACUUGCCCCCCUAUGGACGUGUAUGAGUCACCAUAUGAGGAGAAGAGAGCUUCCUCAUGACACUAGUGCCUCCGUUAUACCAGCCGUCAUCAUCAUUCAUCACACUUCCAAAUUGUGAAAAUCCAUGAAAGAGUUGUGUAUCGUUUUUCUGUAUUUCCAUGAUGUGCCCUCGGUGCCUCAGCUCUCUGUCUAUAUUCUAUGUUGUACAAAUAGUUACCUUAAAUCUCCCUUCACACUGUUUUAUUCUCUAAAGUACCGGAUCGGACAAAAAAAACGUAGAUCUCAACUUGUGUAGGGUUGUUGUUAAUAUUUGCCAUCUGUUUCAUGUAUGAACAUUUUAAAAUGUGUAUUUUGACACGUGUUUGCCUAAUUACUUAUACUAAUGUUAGUCUUGAUGUUAAGAUACUUUUAGGGGAUAAAGAAAGUUAAUGAUCUUUAAAUUACCUGUUAGGAAAAAUAGUUGUAAUAAACAUUGAUUGUCUGGAUCUUUUCUUGUUCAGUUUUGGAAGUAGACUAGACACAUUUGAGGUAAUACUGCCAGCUAGAUCUGACUGUUGGAACACAAGCACCUAUUCUGUCUCACAUGGUUUGUUCUGUGAGACACAAUACUAAUACAUCUGGACAUUGAGAUGUUUCUUAUCUCCAGAUUAACAUUAUAUAAUUGGGUGAAAAAGAAUAAGUGAAGAUUACAGUUCUCGUGAAUGUCCUGUGUUCAGUCUUUGACACUAACUAAUUACAGUUCAAAAGAAUGAAUGUCCCGUUCAGUCUGCCUACAGACAUGGCAUGAGAACCUCAGGGAAGUUCCUUCAUUUUAUUAAUAUGGUUAAUCCUAUUAGGUGAUAAUCUUUUCGCUUUGCCUCAGAAAAUCAAUUUUGUGUGAUUUAUGACUGAAAACAUAAGCACAAUCAAUGGAACUGUUGUGUGUGCAUGACUUUAGUUUACAGUAAUACUGACACUUACUGUAUGCAAGACGCUAUGGCAUGUUUCCAUUACAUAAGACACACACCCUAUCUUUACCAUGUCUGCUUUUAAACUCCCCACACUGUGGUAAAGUUUCGGGGAUUGACAUUAAGGGUUGCCCUACUGCCUGGGGCAAGUGAGCGGUCCUGCAAGUUGAGCCUGCUCUGAGGUUGCCCCAUUGGGCAAAGAAUCCCAGUAGCCUAAAAUUAUCAUUCUGGUUCCUCC